CUAGUCGCGCCUUUCCGUGUUCGAUCUGUUCUGACUUUUUAUAAAUCUCUUCUUGGAAUUGAGGUCAUACAUUUUUAGCGACAUUGAAUUGAGUUGUGUAGUUCAGCGCUUCUACGGAAAUUUGUCUUCCAAUUUGUGCAUUACACCAGACAAAACAUUAUAACUAUAAGAAACCAAAAUGAACAUUCACACCAGACUCACUCAAUUAGCUCUAUAGUUAUUGAAGUACUGAGUCACCGUGAGGCAUAAAGAAUCACAUAAAAAUGACUGUCACUGAAAAGCAUUAAAGAUAACACCUAAAAAAAAAGUCUUGAAUGUAUAGACAUCGAAGCAUUCUAUACAAAUGAAAUUCCUUGCAGUUGAUCACAAUGCAUCAACUGUUCACAGUUUUUGUCAUUGUAACUAUGUCUUAUGAACACCUGGCCCUGAUGGUUUGUCCUGAAGACAAGUAUCUAGUGAAUGGAACAUCUAGUUGCUUUUGUAAUGGGACAAAUCCACGCUGGGAAAAGGAAGGCGAUCACUAUGUGAAUCAAAUCAAACAUUCCAAUAGCAGUGUGGAGAUUGUACUUGUUUGUAAUAGCAACGAUUCUGACCUCACAUUUACAUGUUGCGUGAAUGAUUCAGAGACUGGACUAGACGUCUGUAAUGAGACAUUCACAUCACUAUUUGCAUAUCCAGUGCUAACAGUCAACAAUAAGCAGUACUACAACGGGUCCGUGGUGUCACUCUCAUCUACUAGCCACCAUAAUCUGUCCUGUGCGAUAGAAGAGGAAUUCCUGUCCAUUGACGAAGUCCUCUUGUCCUGCGAAGGUGUGUUAGAGAAUAGACCAGUAAGAAGCAGAGACAAUGUAACACUUGCGACUAUUGGCUGCUCCACCGUCUGCUCGUGCCGGGCCAAGCAAGGAACCGGAUGUUACCAAUUAGCUUCAUCCGUAACAUUCAGUGUAACAACACCUCUACGGAUGUCAAACCCAAACCUAACAACAACAUUCUACAUGACACUCAACUCAAUGUUUUAUCACACGCUACAAGUCACUGGAUGUCCACAGCCAAGCCAUUUAAGUGUCGUGACCAACGGUCAUCCAGUAGACCCAAUGAGACACAAUAUAUCUUGUUAUUUGAAAGUCUCGUCCGGCGAUCUUGCUUUGUGCAACGACCCGAGGUUUGCAGAGAUAACAGAAGCGACUAUUGAGCUGAGCAUAGGUCCACUGACCGACGACUAUUUCACUAAUUAUACAUUAGUUUUGAGCAACGAGUCAAAUACAAGUUUGAAAUAUGAUUUCUCUCUAGCGAGAACAAAAGACACUGAUGAUGAAGUCAUCCUGCCAUUAGUCAUUGGACUGUCAGUUUCCAUUGGACUCGUCAGUAUUGCUGUCUUUACGGCAGUUAUUGUGCUAAUCAUCAGAUCUAGCACUCGUAGAAAGCGGCGAGCUUCAGUCAGAGACCGCUACUCGCAAGACAGUGCCAACAGACAGAUCAGAACGAAAGCUUAUCGUCUCGCAGACACAAAUUGUCAGGUCGGCAUCAAAAGUACAGACCAAGAGAAAGACACAACAUCAUCUCGCUUACCAGGCAGUGGGAGAAGUUGGUCUUUGCCCGACUUGUACAUGCCUGGAAAUACCGUAACCAACAGGCAAUACUCAAGACGUCAACAAAUCAGACCCGGACAUCAUUCUGUUUCCUCGGAUCUGGCUGACUGCAACGAUGACGCCAUUAUUUCAGCCCAUCUCCCGCAUCUUUUGUUUGAUGUAACCAUGGAUACCACCCCUGAACUUCCUGUAAAGCUAGGUAAACUAAAAUACGGGGCUAAAAGAGAAUCCGUAUACGACACGCCCCCAGAUAGAGAUUUCAAGAUCUCAGAAAAUCUUAAUGAGAAAAUAUCAGAGGUCAAAAAUCGAAAUGUUCAGAAUAAACAUUUCACUGAAGAGCGUCUUUCUGAACUUGUAGCUUGUCAAGUGCUGACCACAGAUCCUGGCAAUCAAAUCGAGAUACCAUCAGAACAUCCCACAGUUUGCACUCAGCUUCAGAUACCAUCACAACAUCCCACAGUUUGCACUCAGCUUCAGAUACCAUCAGAACAUCCCACAGUUUGCACUCAGCUUCAGAUACCAUUAGAACAGCCCACAGAUCAAUAUGAUAAACAAUUAGAACAGGCCACAUCUCUUAAUAAUCAAUCUGAGAUACCAUCAGAACAUCCCCUAUCUCUUUGCGAUCAACAUGAGAUAUCAUUAGAAAAGCUCACGUCUCUUCUUGAAAUAUUUCCUAUAGAACAACAUCCAGUAAGGCAGAAUCAACAAGAGAAAAACAUUUCCAUGGAGCUGCCUAUAAUUCUUUCUAGUGAACCUUUGGAGGCACCCGACAAUGUUAAACCUGGCACUAAAGUGUCUAUCAUAACUGACUACACAAAUGAAGAUUUAACUAACUCUGGUUAUGAAAAUAUCGUCAUUAAUAAGUAGCAAACAGCACGAGUGAUUCUAAAUGUAAAUUAGAUUUAAAAUGAGGAAAAGAAGUUCUAAGACUGACAUGUACUUGUACAUAUAGACAUUUUUUGUCCAGAUUUUGUUGAUUGACAAUGAAGUAAAAUAUGCCUGUGUUCGGUAUCGUAUGUGAAUGUUAGAGUUGUCUUGACAAUGAUUGAACUGGAGAAUGAAAUGUAGUUGAAGUAUAGCAGUGUAUUGACCUAACUAUAGACUAAUAGACAUGUUUUUUUAUGUAGAAACAUAUAACAACAAAACAUUCUGUACUAAUUGGAUUAAUACGACGAUACUUAUAUAUGUACAAAUGAUAUUACUGCUAAAAAUUGAGAACAGUUGGUGCGUGUGAGUGUACGAACGUUUCAAUAGACUUUUAUAAUAAAAUGUUCAGUCUCCAAAUUAGUUUAUUUCUGUGUCAAAUGUAACUGAUAUUAGUUGAUCCAAAGUGAAAAGCUGUUAAGAUUUGUUUCCGUAUCAAUUUGUUUCCUGGUCGAUUUUUUCAUUACUUUUAAAUUUACCAAACGUAAAGCACGUGAGGCCGUAGCAGUACGUUUGAAACGAACAAAACAAGACACACCUCCGGAAUAUGCUAAUUAUAACCAAUGGUAUCUAUUUUUACAAAGGUUAUAUCGACUCACUCUAUCUGGUAAAAAGUUAGUAAAUGUUAUUUCUCCCACACACAAUG